CUACCACCCUCUGACUCCUCCUUCCCCGCACACAACACCCGACUCCAGCGCCGCAUCCGUGCCACCUCCCGCCGGCUUCCCCUCCUCCCCGCUCCUCUGCUUGCGCCCCCUCCUCGCCGGUUCCUCUCGUGGCAUUGCCAAGCCGCCCUCUCCCUCCCAUUGCGAGAAGAUGGUGAAGAAGAGCAAGAAGAGCAAGAGCAAGCGCGUCACGCUGCGCCAGAAGCACAAGGUGCUCCGCAAGGUGAAGGAGCACCACCGCAAGAAGCGCAAGGAGGCCAAGAAGGAGGGCAAGGCGGGCCACCGGAAGAAGGUCGAGAAGGACCCCGGCAUCCCCAACGAGUGGCCCUUCAAGGAGCAGGAGCUCAAGGCGCUCGAGACGCGCCGCGCUCAGGCGCUGCAGGAGCUCGAGGCCAAGAAGGAGGCGCGCAAGGAGAGGGCUAGGAAGAGGAAGCUCGGAUUGCUUGAGGAUGAGGACAUUUCUAAUUUGGCCUCUACAGCUUCUGCGCAGGGCAGCGCGUUUGCAGACAAGGAUGCAGCAAAGGAGAAUGCUCCUUUAGCAGUGGCAAAGAGCCAUGAUCAUUCAGAGAGGUCAUUCUACAAGGAGCUUGUUAAAGUGAUUGAAGCCUCUGAUGUGAUUCUCGAGGUUCUUGAUGCAAGGGACCCACUUGGCACCCGUUGCAUUGACAUGGAAAAGAUGGUUAGGAAGGCUGAUCCAAGUAAACGGAUUGUGCUACUUCUCAACAAGAUAGAUCUUGUUCCCAAGGAGGCAGUAGAGAAGUGGCUUACGUAUUUAAGGGAAGAAAUGCCAACAGUUGCAUUUAAGUGCAAUACUCAAGAGCAGAGGACGAAACUGGGAUGGAAAUCGUCAAAACUUGAUAAAACAAGCAAUAUCCCACAAAGCAGUGAUUGUCUGGGUGCUGAGAAUCUGAUCAAAUUACUCAAGAACUAUUCCAGAAGCCAUGAGCUCAAACUGGCAAUUACAGUGGGUAUUGUUGGGCUUCCUAAUGUUGGCAAGAGCAGUCUGAUCAACAGUUUGAAGAGGUCCCGAGUGGUUAAUGUCGGUUCCACUCCAGGGGUUACUAGAUCAAUGCAAGAAGUUCAUUUAGACAAGAAGGUGAAGUUGUUGGAUUGUCCUGGCGUUGUUAUGCUCAAAUCUUCUGAUAGUGGUAUGUCUGUAGCCCUCCGCAAUUGCAAAAGAGUUGAGAAAAUGGACGAUCUAAUCAGUCCUGUUAAGGAGAUCCUAAGUCUUUGCCCGCAUGAGAAGUUGCUGUCUCUGUAUAAGGUGCCAAGCUUUAGUUCAGUUGAUGAUUUCCUUCAGAAAGUUGCCACUCUCCGGGGGAAAUUGAAAAAGGGUGGUAUAGUGGAUGUUGAAGCUGCCGCAAGAAUUGUGCUUCAUGACUGGAAUGAAGGUAAAAUACCGUAUUAUACACAGCCACCUAAAAGGGAUGCUGUGGAGGACUCAGAUGCAGUAAUUAUUUCAGAAGCUGGCAAAGAAUUUAAUAUUGAUGAAAUUUACAAAGCUGAGUCUUCAUAUAUUGGUUCUCUAAAGUCUAUUGAGGAUUUCCAUCAUAUUGAGAUUCCACCUAAUGCCCCACCGGGGAUUGAUGAAGAGAUGCUGGAGGAUGGCAAGAAGCAGAAUGAACCUGUUGAGGAAAGCCGCGAGGAGCUGAUGUCUGACGUAAAUGGCCAUGAAGGAAGUAAGGCGACCAGUGCUAGCACACAAAAUGACAAGUUGUACACUGCUGAGGGUAUACUCAAUCCUCGCAAGAGAAAAGCCGAGAAGAAGCGGCGCAAGGCGAACAAGUUCAGCGUGCUCAGUGACAUGGAUGCAGACUAUGAUUUCAAGGUGGAUUAUCAAAUGGACGUGCCCGCUGAUGACGAAGACGAGAGCAACGAUGUACCAGCCGAUGAUAAAGAUGGGGCCAACGGCAGAGAUGAACCCAAGGAUAACGACCCUAUGACUGGCAUCCAUGACGCGUGAAAUAGUUUGCCCCUUUUUGAGCGUAUGAAUUUGUGACACGGUAGAUGAUAUCAUGGUGAGUGCCAAAAAUGAGCAACUGGAGCGGGGUUGCGAAGUUAACCGACAUAAAUUUUGUGCUCUGUUUGUUUCAAUGAGAUAAUGGAUGAUAUUUUUAAAACCUUCGGU